CGAACUGCAUAUCUGAUUGGUUGAAACGUCCUGACCUACGUACAGUCCCCGCCUUCUCUCUGCCAGAGGACAGAUUGAACAUGGCGGCCUCCGUAAGAUGCUUUCUCCGCUCAGGAAAGAAUGCCGUUUCCACUCUGGGGCAGCGAGGAUUUCAUAAGAGUGCCCCGGCUUCUGCGCAGAUGAUGGUCCGGGACGCCUUGAACCAGGCCAUGGACGAGGAGCUGGAGAGGGACGAGCGGGUGUUCCUGUUGGGCGAGGAGGUGGCUCAGUACGACGGAGCCUACAAGGUGAGCAGGGGUCUGUGGAAGAAGUACGGAGACAAACGCAUCAUCGACACUCCGAUCACCGAGAUGGGCUUCACCGGCAUCGCAGUGGGAGCCGCCAUGGCCGGCCUGAGACCCAUCUGCGAGUUCAUGACCUUUAACUUCUCCAUGCAAGCCAUCGACCAGGUCAUCAACUCUGCUGCUAAGACCUGCUACAUGUCGGCCGGCCGGCAGUCGGUGCCCAUCGUCUUCAGGGGACCCAACGGAGCGUCGGCGGGCGUCGGCGCUCAGCACUCUCAGUGCUUCGCCGCGUGGUACGCUCACUGUCCAGGUCUGAAAGUUGUGAGUCCCUGGAGCGCAGAAGAUGCUAAAGGUCUCCUGAAAUCCGCCAUCAGAGACGACAACCCCGUGGUGUUCCUGGAGAACGAGCUGAUGUACGGCGUUCCCUUCGAGAUGUCUGAGGAGUCGCAGUCCAAAGACUUCACGAUUCCCAUCGGCAAAGCCAAGGUCGAGAGGCAAGGCACUCACGUCACGGUGGUCACUCACUCUCGGUACGUCAGUCACUGCCUCGACGCCGCCGCCGUCCUCGCCAAGGAGGGGGUCGAGUGCGAGGUGAUCAACCUGCGCACCAUCCGCCCUCUGGACGUGGAGACCAUCGAGGCCAGCGUGAUGAAGACCAGCCACCUGGUGACGGUGGAGGGCGGCUGGCCUCAGUUUGGUGUCGGAGCGGAGAUCUGCGCCAUGGUCAUGGAAGGUCCAGCCUUCAACUUCCUGGACGCUCCGGCCACCAGGGUGACGGGCGUCGACAUCCCGAUGCCGUACGCUAAGAUCCUGGAGGACAACAGCCUGCCGCAGAUCAAAGACAUCAUCGCCUCCAUCAAGAAGACCCUCAACGUCUGAAACACACACACACAAACACGCACACACAGACGGUGGAAGCAUUGUGCGGUAAAACAUAUGAACCAAGUGUAAAUACAGCCAAACGGUUCCUUUAAGAAAAAAAGAACUCCUUAUUGUAACGGUUUUUGCCAGAUGUUGGUUCAAUGAAGCGCACAACUUUAUUUCAGCGUCUCUUGGUUAAAUUUAAUCUUUAUCUAACAAGGAGAAGAAAAAAAAGAACUCCUUAUUGUAACGGUUUUUGCCAGAUGUUGGUUCAAUGAAGCGCACAGCUGUGUAUUGGCCGCCAGAGCGGGGGACACGCAGGGUUCAGUGGAGUCGCUGCCUCCAUUAGUCCCGAAGACGGGGUGAACUCUGUGUGCGACGCUCUGGCUGCUCUGUCUCCUUUUUCUCCCCUUCAAAAUAAAAGUGGCUGUAUUCCUGUAGGCUUUUUUUCUGUUAAUCCGGAGAGGUUUGGUAACAACAAAACCCCUUUGAGUUUGUUCCUGCGUGUUCUUGUAUUUAGACUUGCAGGAGGAUUCAAAUGUGGUUUUUUUUAAAAAUUCCGAGUAGUUUUGUUGUUAAUAAACCCCCCUGUAUAUUUCUAACCACCAAAGGACACUGUACUGGGUGAGUGAAGUCCUCGCUGGGGAGGAGCGAGGCGGCCUGAGGGCUGGAGGUGCAUCGCGGUUGGGGAAUAUUUAUUGUAGCUGCAGCAGCUUUCCUUUGUUUUUGUAAGUUACUCUGUUACAGAAAUAAAAACCUUUCACUGCUU